AUGGGUGGUGGUGAAUUUGAACCAUCGGGUGAUUGCAACCCACCACCAUGCUACCGUUCAUCGCCACCAGCCUACUGUGCAUCGCCACCAGGCUGCCGUGCACCGCCACCAUCCUACUGUACUCCGCCACCAAGCUGCCGUGCACAGCCACAACCCCACUGUACAUCGCCACCAACCCACUGUACACCGCCACCAGGCUGCCGUGCAAUGCCACCAGGCUGCCGUGCAAUGCCACCAGGCUACCGUGCACCGCCACCACCCCGUUUAAAUCCUAAUUUAUUCAACCCGCCGCCUCUGAAUACUGAUGAUGAGUGGGACGGUAUCACCGACGAAGAAGCAAGCUUUGCUUACGAUUGUGCCAUGGCAGAACUCCGGUUUUCCUGUUUGCGAGUUGGUGGUAGUCAGUCAAACUACAUUGUGGGGAGCCCAAGAAAAGUGACCAGCAUUUAA